AUGGAUGACUUUUCUUUUCGCCGCCUGAGAGAAAUGGAUGAUUUAACAUAUAACCAAGCAUACGACCGACCAAAAAAAUUCCGUUCUGCCAGCGCUCGCCGUGAAAAUACUCCACGUACACCUUCAUCAGCACGACAAACAAAUUAUUUACCAAGCGGAAGAGAUUUUAAUGCUAUGCAAGGAGCAGAACUUCGUGAACAGGAAUAUGUUUUAGAUCAAAAAAUGAAACUUAUCACUGAAAAUAAAGCAUUGCAAGAUGAGGUGAAUUCGUUACAAAAAAGAUAUGACAGAUUGCAACAACGAAAUAGUAGUAAAAUGGAAUCUGACCGUAUUUAUGCUGGUAUGUUUUCAGAUGAACCCGAUCGAAUUUAUCAAAAUAUCGAACAACGUGAAAUGACAGCAGAAAUUGUAAAAAUGCAAAAAGAAUCACAAGAACUUGCUAAUAGAAUCAGUUAUCUUCAGCGUGAAUUCUCUGCAAACAAUUUAGCAGAUUUAAAGGUUGAAGUUCGACAGUCUCUUCAACGAUACAACGAGAAAUUAGAGAAAUUUAGAAAUACACAAGCUGAACUACAGUUCGUUCAACGUCAAAUUGAAGAGUUUAAACUUGGAAUGCUUUAUGAAUCUGUUACAGAACAGAGAGAAAUCAUUCCAGACCUCAAAAACCAACUUACUAGACAAAAAGCUAAAUAUAAACGUAAUAAACAAGAUAUACAAGAACUCGAAACAGCUCAACAAGGUCAAAAAGUUCAACUUAGAGGCGAAGUACAAAGAAGUCCAAAGGUAAUUAAACUCCAACAAGAACUUAAAGAUAAGGAGAAGAAAUAUAAGCAAAAGACUCAAGAAUUAAGUAAAUUAUUAAUGGACAAUAGACAAGAAGUCAAUAACGAAAGAGCGAAGCUUGCAUUAGAAGCCUACAAACAACAGAAUACAGAAAAACGUACAUCUCCACCAGCUAACUUUGUUAUUUACGUCAGUCCAAUUUCUGAUGAAAUAACGGCUAAAGGCCUUAAACUAGUUUUCCGUGAAUUUAAUGUCCAUAGUGUUGGAAUUAAAGAUCACGUUGCUAGACUUAAAUUCCAAGUCAAAAGGAACGCGCAAGCUGCAAUUGAUCGUAAAAACGGUUCAAGUCUUGCAGGAAAACAGAUUUUGGUUUCAUGGGACAAGCCACGUACAGAUUUCACUGCGCCAUCCUCUACACGUUCAGAAAAGUCUUCAAAGAGCAAAUCUCUUCAACCAACAGAUUUCAACUCCGAACCAUCAGAUUUCGACGAGAAAGAGAGACAAGCAAGUUCAUCAUCGGCAAGAAAGAGCAAGGAAACACCCAGAAAAGAGAAGAAACAAGAGGAACCUCCAAAGAAACCAGAAAAUCUCGGAGAAAUACUCAGAGACGCUUUCAAAGAAGAAAAGAAGCCUGAAGAAAAGAAACCUGAGGAGCCAAAGAAGGAAGAAGAGAAACCGAAGAAAGAAUCUUCAUCUGAUAAAGAAGAAUUUAAGUCUUCAUCAUCUUCAAAGAAAUCAGAUAAGAAGUCUGAUAAGAAAUCAGAUUCUUCAUCAUCAAAGAAGGAAGAAAAGAAGGAUGAUUCAUCUUCAUCGUCCUCAUCUUCAAAGAAAUCUGACAAGAAGAAGGAAGAAGAAGAGAAAAUCGAGGAAGAAAUAGUUUUAGAUGAACCUGAAAUUGACGAUAAGCCAAAAGAAGAGGAAAAGAAGCCAGAAUCAACAAGUUUAAGAGAUUUCGUACAAAAGAAGAUAGAGCCAGAGAAAGAGAACAAAGUUGAAUCAUCACAAGGCUUCGACUCUUCAUCAGACAAACCUAAAGAAGAAGAAAAAGAAGUCAAACUCGAUUCAUCAUCUUCAUCUUCAUCAAAGAAGGAAGAACAGAAGCCAGAUUUAAGCUUAAGUAAUGUAAUCAACAAGAAACUCGAAGCUCCUGAAGAAAAGAAGAACGAUGACGCAUUUAAUUCUUCAUCAUCUUCAUCUUCUUCAAAGAAAGAACCAAAGAAGGAAGAAGAAGUUCCUAAAUUAAGUCUUGUUGAUGCUGUCAAUAAAAACAUCGAGCCUCCAAAGCAAGAAGAAGAAAAGAAAGACGCAUUUGACUCAUCUUCUUCGUCUUCAUCAUCUUCAAAGAAAUCUCCAAAGAAGGAGGAAGAGAAACCAAAGGAAAUCGAAGAAGACAUCAAUUUUGAGUCAUUACCAGAAGAAAAACCAAAGGAAACUCCUAAUUUGAGUCUCAGAAACAUAAUUAUUGACAAUUUAGCCAAACCAGAAAAGAUGCCAGAAGAAAAACCAGAAGAAGUCAAACCAAAAGAAAUCGAACCACCAAAACCAGCUGAAGAACCAAAGAAAGAAGAAGAUGUUAAACUUAAAUCUUCAUCUUCAUCAUCUUCAGUUAGUAUCAAAGAUAAGGAAACAAGUUCUUCAAGUUCUUCUUCAUCUGAUGACGAAAAAGAAGAAGAAAAACCAAAGGAAGAAGAAAAGAAACCAGAAGAACCUCCUAAACUCGGUUUCAGAGACUUAGUUACAAACAAUCUCAAACCAGAAGAGAAACCAGAAGAAAAAGAAAUCAAAGUCGAAGAACCACCAAAAGAAGAAGAAAAGAAGAAAUCAUCAUCUUCAAGUUCAUCAAGUUCUUCAGAUGAUGAAAAGCCAAAAGAAGAAGAAGAAAAACCAGUUGAAGAACCUCCUAAACUAGGAUUCAGAGAUUUGGUUACAAACAAUCUCAAACCAGAAGAGAAACCAGAAGAAAAAUCAGUUCCACCUCCAUCAUUUGAUUCAUCAUCAGAUCAAGACAUUGAAAUUGAAAGUGAACAUGAUGAACCACCAAAAGAAGAAGAAAAGAAGAAAUCAUCAUCUUCAAGUUCAUCAAGUUCUUCAGAUGAUGAAAAGCCAAAAGAAGAAGAAGAAAAACCAGUUGAAGAACCUCCUAAACUAGGAUUCAGAGACUUAGUAACAAACAAUCUCAAACCAGAAGAGAAACCAGAAGAAAAAUCAGUUCCACCUCCAUCAUUUGAUUCAUCAUCAGAUCAAGACAUUGAAAUUGAAAGUGAACAUGAUGAACCUAUUAAAGAAGAAGAGAAGAAGAAAUCUUCAUCUUCAAGUUCAUCAAGUUCUUCAUCAGAUGACGAGAAAGGAAAAGAAGAAGAGAAGAAACCAGAAGAAAAACCAGUUGAAGAACCUCCUAAACUAGGAUUCAGAGAUUUGGUUACAAAUAACCUUAAACCAGAAGAGAAACCCGAAGAGAAAGAAAUCAAACCAGAAGAACCUCCUAAACAAGAGGAACCAAAGAAGAAAUCAUCAACUAGUUCAAGUUCUUCUUCAUCUGAUGACGAAAAAGAAGAAGAAAAACCAAAGGAAGAAGAAAAGAAACCAGAAGAACCUCCUAAACUCGGUUUCAGAGACUUAGUUACAAACAAUCUCAAACCAGAAGAGAAACCAGAAGAAAAAGAAAUCAAAGUUGAAGAACCACCAAAAGAAGAAGAAAAGAAGAAAUCAUCAAGUAGUUCUAGUUCAAGUUCUUCGGAUGAUGAAAAGCCAAAAGAAGAAGAGAAGAAACCAGAAGAAAAACCAGUUGAAGAACCUCCUAAACUUGGCUUCAGAGACUUAGUAACAAACAAUCUUAAACCAGAAGAGAAACCAGAAGAAAAGUCAGUUCCUCCUCCAUCAUUUGAUUCAUCAUCUGACAAAGAAAUCAAAAUUGAAAGUGAUCAUGAAGAAGAGAAACCUAAAGAAGAACCAAAGAAGGAAGAAGAGAAGAAGAAAUCAUCAAGCUCUUCAUCAUCUUCUUCAAGUUCAUCAUCAUCAGAUGAGAAAGAGAAAGAAGAAGAAAAGAAAGAAGAAUCUUCAAUGUCUGAUAUCGAUAUUGAAAUAGAAAGUGACAAAGAAGAAGAAAAGCCAAAAGAAGAAGAAGCAGAACCAAAGAAGAAAUCAUCAUCAAGCUCUAGUUCAUCAAGUUCUUCUUCCGAUGAUGAAAAGGAAGAAAAGCCUAAGGAAGAAGAGCCAAAGAAAGAAGAAGAGAAACCAAAGGAAGAACCGAAGAAAGAUGAUGAACCAGAACUCCUCUUUAAUGAGAUUCAGCCGAACAACAAUCCACCUCGGCUGAAUCUCAAGAAUCUUUUUCUUGGCCAACCUAAUACAUCUCCACAUCAACAGCCCUCGCCAAAGGAGGAGGAGAAGAAGGUGGGGCUAGAAGAAAGAGAUUUCAAACCACAAGAAGAACCAAAGAAAGAAGAAGAGCCUCCUAAACAAGAAGAAAAGAAGAAAUCAUCAUCAUCAAGCUCAUCUAGCUCAUCAAGUUCUGAUGAUGAAAAAGAGAAACCAAAAGAAGAAGAGCCAAAGAAAGAAGAAGAACCAAAACUUGGUUUGAGAAGUGCAAUUACAGAUCCUCUUGAAAAACCUCAAGAAAAACCAGUAGAAAAAGUUGAAGAAUCAUCUGGAUCUGAUAUUGAAAUAGAAUCAUCAGAUGAUGAAGACAAGAAGAAAGAAGAAGAGAAGCCAAAGAAGAAAUCAAGUUCUAGUUCUUCUAGUUCUUCUUCUGAUGACGAAGAUAAGAAGAAGAAAGAAGAAGAAAAACCAAAGAAAUCAAAUUCAAGUGAUUCUCUUUCCAAUUUUGCAUCCGAUGUCGAUAAAGAUGUCGAAGUCAAGAAAUCUGAAUCAGAGAAAGAAGAAGAGAAACCAAAGAAGAAAUCAUCAAGUUCUUCAUCAGAUGACGAAAAAGAAAAGCCAAAAGAAAUAACACAACCUCCUGCUCCUCAACAAAACAACUCUCCUCGUCUUGGCCUUCGUAAUUUAAUUGUAAAUCCACCACAAAAACCUCCAGAAGAACCAAAACCUGUUGAACAACCCAAACCAGCAGAAGAACCAAAGAAGAAAUCAUCAAGUGAUUCUUCUGUUAGUUUCGAUACUGAUUCUUCUGAUGAUCAAAUACCAAGGAAGAAAUCUUCUUCAUCAAGCUCUUCUAGUUCUGAUUCUGAUUCUAAAGAAAAAGUUGCAGAAAUCAAGAAAGAAGAAGAUAAAAAGCAAUCAUCUGAUUCAGAUUCUGACAUAAUAAUAGCUUCAGAUUCUGAUUCUGAUGAAAAACCAAAGAAGAAAUCAUCAAGUUCUUCAUCCGAUGACGAAGAAAAACCAGUCAACAACAAAGUUGAAGAAGAUUUCAAGCCAAAGACAAUUUCAGACAAAUUAACUCCUGAAGAAAAGCCGAAACCAUUCUCUUCAUUAUUAUCUCCAAUGGUGAAUGAACCGAAGAAGGAAGAUCCACCAAAAUUGGAGGUAAAACCACGCGAAGUUGAUAAUUUGCUUGAAGACAAACCAAAGGAAGAUAACAACAUGUUACCUGCUUUCCAACAUAAAGACGAGAAAUCUGAUGACGAAAAGCCAAAGGAAAAAUUAGAAAUUAAAGAUACAGAAAUUAACAAUUUGUUAGAGAAACCUAAGGAACAACCUAAACCAAUGGCUUCUUUGCUUGGAGGAAUGUUCCAAAGCAAACCUAAACAAGAAGAACAACCGAAAUUGGAAGUCAAACCACGAGAAAUUGACAAUUUAUUAGAAAAACCAAAAGAAGAAGAAAAGAAGAAUGAAUUGUUGUUUAAACCAACACCAAAGGAAGAAACAAAUGCAGACUUAAGCAUUAAACCAGAUAUGCAUGAUGCUGAUAAGAAGCUAGAAGCCAAAACAGAAGAUAAUAACAUGUUGGCUGCAUUUUCACAUGAAAAUGUUGAAAAGAACAAAUCUGACGACGAAAAAAUGCUUCCUGCUUUUGAACAUAAAGAUGAACAAGUCAAAGAAAAGGAAGCACCGAAGAAACCAAACGUUUCGUUUGUUAUACCAGAAGAAGAUAAGAAGAAGGAUGAAAAGAACUCAGACUCUUCAUCUUUCAUGGAUUUCGAUUCUGAUUCCGAUGAAAAGAAAGAUAAGAAGGAAGAAAAGAAGGAUUCUUCAUCAGAUGCAAGCAUAGAAAUUGAUUCUAGUGAUGAAUACUUCUAA